AUGGAGGUCAUGAACGUGACGGAAGAAGACGAAAACUUGCCGGAGGUGGUCGAAGAAGAAGCUUUGAUUUGCUAUUUUUGCAUCUGGCAAGCAGAGUUUGGGGAUGAGUCUGGAGACGAGGCUGUUGCUUGGUGGCCGAAAAAUCUGGAUUUGGAAGAAAACGCUAGGGUGCUACUUGGAGAUGUUGAGCAGUGUUGGGUGCAGUUGGAUGAGAUUGAUCUCGCCAAAUACGAAAAGGAAAUCCCUAAGAAGAGGAAAUACGGGAGUAGUGUUUGCUUAUACUGUGGCAACAGAUACGACCGACUGAUGGAGCACGUCAAACGAAUGCAUAAAGAAGCAAUCAAAUGCGGAAUUCGGGGCUGCACGACUUACUUUCAAACCGAGGAGGAAAAAGAGCAGCACAUGCAGCACGUUUUUCACGCGAACCAAUGCGAAAUAAAUUUGUGGAAGAUGCACAUGAAUCACUCCCAUCCAGAACAGGUGGCGUGCUCGCAUUACGGCUGCAACGAGUAUUUCAAAUCCAAGUCCAAGAUGGUUCUCCACGUGAAUUCGAUCCACAAACAAAUCAAUCAAGAUAUUUUCCAGUGCAAGCAUUGCGAGUAUUUCACAACGGUUGAAUAUAAUUUGAGAAACCACGAACAGUCGAGGCACAAGCCAAAGAUCUUCAAAUGCGACAGAUGCGACGCCAAAUUUGGCGCAGAAUGGAUAGUGAAAAAGCACUUCAAACAAUGUCACACGUUCGACAAGUGCAACUCUUGCGGCCAGGAAGUGUCUGUCAUGAUGAUUGCACUACAUAGAAAGCCAUCAGUUUGCUCCAAAUACAUCGGCGUGUCAAGACUUGCCGCCGCUGCGAGUGCAAGUUCAAGUGCUCUGGACUUCUUGAAAAGCAUAAGAAGAGCUGCAAACAAACCCAUUUUAGUUGCAAAGAGUGUGGAAAACAGUUCCCCUUGCCUAGCAAGUUGA